GGACACUAUGAUGCUAAUAAAAACAUCAUUUUUGUAAUCACUAAAAAAAUUACAUAGGAUAGGCUAGAAAGAAAUGGUUUGCCAUGGGGUGCACGAAAAAGUCACAAUUCUGGACUUGGCCCACAGACUUGAAAGCAGUAAAUGCUGUCCCUGAAUACAGUAGUGUACAUGAGACAUUUGCAGAGGAGUUCAAGACCAUCAUCAAAUGUCUAUGAUGAUAAUACAUCACUGUUUGGUGAUACAAAGGCAGGAGCUGCUAAUUUAUGUUCGAAAAGGAAUUUUUCUUUAAAUUUGAAUAUUAAAAUUUCUUGAAAUGAUUACAUCAUAGCAUAAUCAAGGUUCAUAUGUAUGAUCUGUAAACUUUUACAUGCACUCCACUGGAAUAGAUGCUACACCCUUAUGAGGGCUGUAAGGAAUACACGCUACGGCAUUUAAAUGAGGAAAUAAAGUAUUCUCUUGAUGGUUUACCUUUAGCAGACCAGAUAGCAUCAUUAAACUGUAAUGAGGCACAUCAUCAACUUUAGUACACAGACUUCAAUAUUUGCUUAAACGAAUUUGCAUUGUUAGCAAUAUCUCUUGAGACUUGAUGGUUGAACACUAAUAGCAUUAUCAAGGAAUGAUAGUCAGUCAAACUGCUACUGUCUGUUCUUGACCAUUUGGGAGGGGAGGGGAGAGGAAGGAGAGGAAGAGGGAGACUAAUUUUUCAUGGAUACGGGUAACAGCUCUUAAGUCACUACAUUUACAACACGUCUCAAUCACUACAUCUAUGUUUUAGUUACAUCCAUAUCACAAUUGCCAGCUUCUGCCUGCAUGGAUUAUGUCACCCACAUUGUGAUUAUACAGUACUAAGCACAUCUUCAGUGAAAUGUGAUAUCCGUGUAUGUUUCGAUAUGUAUGGGCAUGAGAUAUGAAUCAGCAUUACAGGGAUCGUUGUUUAGGACAGUGGAAUUAUUCAGGAGACACAUUAGAAUGCCAUUGGUCUCUAGUUAGGGACCUAUUCGGGAGGAAGAAUUAAUCAGGUGGGAAUUAUUCAGUGAAAUGUGGUAAUAGAAACUUUCCCUCUCAUUGGAAAAUCAUUGCUAUCACGAUACCCACCACAUCAUACAGGAUUAAAAUCUUGAGACAAAAUUUUCUCACUCAGUGAUCAUUUAGGACCAAGUGUGUUUUGGGGCACAAUAGUCUGUACAUCAUACACAUGUGUGGACCACGCCUUCCUUCUUAGUUCUAAACUAAGGGUGCUUUGGAUUGGAGGUAGACCACCAUCCACUAUUCAUUCUGGACCUUGUAUCGACUUUGGAUCAUCUGUCAGCUUUGUAGCACCAGUCAACUUUCAAAUGAAAUCGUUCGGAACCCCAUUUUACAUGCUGCUUGUUUUUUUUUGUAGGCUCUUCGUUCAUUUGACUCUAUGGUCAGCACCAACCUAAUGGAGGCAAUGGAGUCAGCUGGAAUCAGUAUUGUUCGCCAGUCUCAGGUAGAAAAGCUCACCAAGGAGAAGGAUGACACAAUUACUGUUCACACUGUAAGUGGCGAAGAUAAACAUAGAGCUACUAUUUCUGGAAACAAUGUUGUUAUAUGGGCUAUUGGUCGAGCUCCGAACACAGAUAUUGGACUGGAACAUGUUGAUGUCAAACUGGAUAGCAAAGGCAAUAUCAGAGUUGAUAACUUUCAAAACACUACUGCAAGGAAUAUUUAUGCACUGGGAGAUGUGGCUGGAAAGUAUUUGCUCACUCCUGUUGCUGUUGCUGCUGGACGUCAGUUGGCCCUUCGGAUCUUUGGUCAUGAUUCCAGUGCCAGGUUGGAAUAUGAGAACAUUCCAACUGUUGUCUUUAGUCAUCCACCUAUUGGUACUAUUGGCAUGACUCAAGAUGAAGCUGUUGCAAAGUAUGGUAAAGACAAGCUGAGCAUUUACUAUUCUCGUACUCAGAGCAUGUACUUCUCAGUCACUGAGCGGAAGGAGAGAACAGUGAUGAAGUUGAUUUGUCAUUUGCCUGACGAGAAAGUUCUUGGGUUGCAUAUCAUGGGCAAAGGGGCAGAUGAAAUCUUGCAAGGGUUUGCUGUAGCUAUACGAAUGGGAGCUACCAAGAAGGACUUUGAUCGAACGGUAGCCAUUCAUCCAACCACAGGAGAAGAGUUGGUUACUCUAAACGAGAGUCAGCUCCUUGAACUCUGACUGCUUUGUCGAGAUCUAAUGUGAUUUUCAAUGUGUUGGUUUGGUCUCAAUAAUUGUGCCUUUACAGAUACAUGAUGUCGUAUGCUGGUCAUGAUAUACUGUAGUGUGCUUGUGCUGUAUUGGACAUUCUGCAAGCAAAGGCAGAUGUAACCGGUUCAUGUAUGCAAUGUGACGUUGACGCUGGAAUUUAUACAGGCCAUUGCACAACC